GCUUGCGCACAUCCCGCGGUCGGUAAAAAAGGGAUCUGGGUGUCACAAAUGUCACAAAUUCAAAUGUUUUUGAAAAAUGAUGGUGCCGAAAGUGUAAUUUUUUGCCCAUUAAGGCCGUCACUCCAGUGUUCCACAGUUUUAUCGAUGAGUUGAAGAAUUGCCCACACCAUGGACAAAUACGAACAAAUAUCUGUAGUGGGGGAAGGUUCGUAUGGCUUGGUGAUGAAAUGCAGACACAAAGAGACCGAUCAAGUAGUGGCCAUCAAGAAAUUUUUGGAAACGGAAGAAGAUGCAACCAUACGAAAAAUGGCACUGCGGGAAAUUCGAAUGUUGAAAAGACUGAAGCACGAAAACCUAGUCACCAUGAUCGAGGUUUUCCGGCACAGGAAAAGAUUUUUUCUUGUCUUCGAAUACUUGGAAGGGACCGUCUUGGACGAGCUGGAGAAGAUGCCGGGAGGACUAGGUGACGAAAGGUGCAGGGAGAGGAUUUUCCAGGUUACGAGGGCGAUCAACUAUUGUCAUAGUAAUAACAUCAUCCAUCGGGAUGUGAAGCCGGAAAAUGUCCUUGUGUCUUCCCUCGGCGUCGUCAAACUCUGUGAUUUCGGUUUUGCUCGGUUAGUUUGCAUUUCGGGAGAGCCUUGCACGGAAUAUGUGGCUACUAGGUGGUACCGGGCGCCUGAACUUUUAGUUGGGGAGGUUAAUUAUGGGGCGGCGGUGGAUAUCUGGGCUAUAGGGUGUCUGUUCGCCGAGAUGAUGACCGGAGAUCCGCUGUUUCCUGGCGAAAGCGACAUCGACCAGCUGUAUCUAAUCGUGAAAAUGUUGGGCAAACCGUGCCAUCGCCAUCAGCACCUAAUGUCUAGAAGUUCUCACCUCCGCGGCAUGAUCAAAUCGGCUUCGAGCGACACCGACCUCUACAAACACUUCCCCGACUGGCCCCUCUACGCCAUCGAAUUCCUCUCCUACUGUAUGAAAAUGGAUCCCCACGAACGCGCGACCUCCGACGAACUCCUCAGAAAUAAUUACUUCGUGCACGACAGAUUCCCGCAAAAGUUUUUGCCGGCCUUGCGCGACAAAGUCAACACGGAAUUCAACAAUAACCCGCUCCUGAGGAAGUACAAGACUGAGAUCCUCAUGUCGACCGACAAAAAAGAGGAAGCGAAGGCGAGAAAACAAGGCGACCAAGUGAGGUGGAAGUUCAGCCUGGCCGAAGGCAGCAUCAAGAGGAAGUACGGUUACGACGUCUUCACGAACGCCGACGACAAGAACCUGAUCAGCCUGUCGAAGACGAGCCAGAGGCUGAGCGUGAUGCAGAAGUCGGGGCAGAACCUGGGCAAGAACGCGUCGGAGAAGAACUCGUCGAAGGAGAAGAAGAACGGCAGCACGGCCGAGAUGCAGAUGCUGGAGAAGUCGCUGGAGAGUCUGGCGAAGUUUUCGCAGAAGACCGAGCGGCCGGUGUCCGCGGUCAAGCAGGAGGGGGUGGGGGAGAGUCCGCUGCUGCCGCCGUCGCCGCCGCAGUUCCAGUCACUCCAGCCGGGUCUCGGGGACUUUAAUAAGUCCCCGAACGUGCUGCACCCUAGCAUCAACAAUAUUAGUUUCAAUAGGGAUCCGCCGAAGAGGUCGCCGAAUUUGCUGCAGAGUCUCACGGUUAAGUCGAAUUUGAACCAAGUGCCGCUGUUGAGUAACCCCAGGACGCAGUUUUUGAAAAAGUUUGAAAAGAACGCGGAUAGUAUGGGGGGGAAUUUGGAGAGU